CUGCGCGAGCCCCAGGCAAUGGAGGGCGCGGGGCAGGGCCCAGUAUUUGCAAGGGAGAGAGGAAAGCCCGGCAGAACCCGGGGCCUGCAUGUCAUGGUGUGGGGGCGCCUUCGUCCACCCUUGUGUCUGCGGUGAUGUAACACGCCAUUGUGACAUCCUCCCUUCCCUUGUGAUGUAACCCAGAGGCGAGACUACCAGGGACGUGCUCGUCUGUGGGGCCUCCCGAGGUCUCUCUGUCUCCCACCCCCUUGAACCCUUAGAAUGGCCUCACCCCUUCGGGGAAAGGCCGCUUCGCCCCUGGUGGAAACCACCCGCUACAAGGAGACGUCGACGGUCCGCGUGGAGACCUCGUCCCACCGCGUGGAGACCUCCUCCCGGCGGGUACACACGUCCUCCCGGCAGGUGGAGACCUCCCAGUGCCGCAGCGAGGGGCCCUCCCAGUUCCCCUCUGGGAAGCGGCUCCCUCGCAUCCUCCAGGCGUCCUCCCAGCACGUGGAAACCUCCUCGCAGCGCACAGAGACGUCCUCCCGCCACGUGAGGGCCUCGUCCCUGCGCGUGGAGACAUCUGUGCACCGCGUGGAGAGCCCUCCCCGGAGGGACAAGGCGGCAACCAGCCAGAAUGUAAAAAUGUCCCGAUGAGGUACUUCCCAGAAGCCACGAAAGGGCCAUGGCCCUCAGCCAGGACAACAUUGCCUCCAGUUUGCAGCCACCAAGCUGCCGGGUGGACCAAUCAUAGAAACCGCCUAUAAAUCAACACAAGAAACAGCCCGUCUACAGUUUCCCGACUCAGCCAGCAUUUGUUGACCAUGCUGCACCUUGGACCAUCAUGCCUCUGACGCAGGCAACUGUUUUAACUAGAAGCCAGCACAAGUUUCCAGGCCAUUCUACUGUGUCAAUUGAAUUGAUGGACACCGAGGCUGUUUGAACCUCUGAACCAGUUGACCUUCAUGGUACAGAUGGAAAAACUGAAGUCCAGAGAAGCCAAAAUAACUUGCAACCGUUAAUUAUUUACUGCCUCCCCAGAUGACUUCUUUUGAUAACCAAAUAAAGGUGGCCUCCUCGGGGCUGAUCUCCCAGAAAUGGCGGGAGUGACCAGGCUGUCCCUCAGGGACCCCCUCCAAUGAAGUGUUCCCAGCUCCAUGGCCCUGCUUGUCCUGGCAGUGGGGGAUGUGGGUCCCAAGGUCCAGAUGUGGACAGCGAAGGGGCCCACAGCGGUGACCGCAGCUCGGCCUCCCCUCCUGCUCCGAGCCCUGGGCCCACGGUGGCAGAAAGAGCUCCCUUCUCGGGCGGAAACCCACUCGUCCCGGUGGAUGCCUUGGAUGCGGGGCCGCUAGCACUCCCAGGUGCGGCAGGGACAGAGCGGGCUGGCGCACUGCCCACUGCCAGUGGCGCUGAAGGUCCCUAGCACCUGGGAGGAUUUCAGGAAGACUUCCAAAAGGCGGCUGGCCUCGCGGGAAGGCAAUGAGAUGCACGUGGGAGCCUGCGGCUGGCGAGUGGCUCCUGACUCCGGGCACCGGACCUGCUGCUCGGCCCUGAGGCCGGUGGUCUCCGCCCCCACCUCUCUAGACUCUGUGGACCUUGCACUGGGAGGCUGUUCACAUCCAGAAACUCAGACACCGCGUUCCAGCGUCUCAUUUCAUUUAGACCGUUUUUAACACCCAUCUCUCUCAAAAAUGAUUAUAAAGUAGUGCAUGCCUAUUCUAAAAUAUUUGGAAAUACAGAAAACAAGACAAAAAUAUAUACCCCUGUAAGGUCGCCAAAGAUAACCGCUGCUAUAUUUCCGCCUCAACUCUUUCCUGUGGUCGUGUAUGUUUUUAUUACCAUAAAAACAUAUAUAAUUUGUAUCUGUUUCAUUCACUUUAAAUAGAAGCAUUUUCAACAUAAAAAAAGUUCUUUAUAAACACUUUCUAAUGAGUGCAUAAGAGUGUUUUGAGUGGACACAUCGUGAAUACUUACUGUUACCUAAAUAUUGGGCAUUUUAUAUUUUCAGUUCUUUGAGAGCAUAAAAACAC